AGGCAACUCAGCGAGAAGCACAUUGAUCGAUUAAGUGAAGUCUUCGAUGGGCACUAUGAUGCUGACAAUGAAAACUAUUUUGUUGAAGGCAUUGUUACACCCAAGAAUCUUGCCGAGAUUUUGGAAAAUCUUCAACUGUCAAAAAAGAACCUUCAUCAAACUUUGCGCCUCGGCAACACUCCCGGGGGCCUUGGAAAGUACCCAACUCUUACAAAUUUUUCAAUUGCAUAUAUCGAGGGCAGGCACAGAAUCGAGGCUUUGAGAUCUUCUGCAACGAAAUUUAUCGGAGUGGUUCUGCUAUCCGUCCGUGGAGAAUGGAUCGAAUUUCCGACGAAACUUGGAUUGCCAGACCCUGAUCAAGCUCAAAUUCACAGCAGAUUGACGCAAUACUCACAUGAGUCCCGAUAUUCUGACGGAGAUGUGUACAGAAUGAUCAGAAAAUGUGAGGUAGAACAUGAUCGUGACAAGUGGCUUUGUAGGUUGUCCAAAGCUAAGCGAAAAGCUCUUGGAACGUUGUUGAAAAAUCAGAAGAUAACCGAGGCAUUCGACAAGCUUAUGGAAUUCCCGGGUGUAAUUGCUGGGCUCCAGCUUGGUAACAUCCACAGGCACCUUGCGCUCCAUAUCGACGAAGAGGUUCUAUGUUACCUCGAGUAUGUUUACAAAACGUGGGAUUACAUCUUGCAAACAGAUGAAUGUCCACCUCCGAAGUCACAUGUUGAUUUGGCCAGCGUCACGAAGCUUCAAAGGCUUGCUCCAGCUAGUCGCAAAGAUGCACAGGACAUCAAAACUAUGUUUCAAAACCUAUUUCCGGCAAUCAAAGAUCCCGAUAUGAGGAAAAGGCUUCAAGAUAAUAGCCUGCGCGGCACAACGCUGUUCCGAUGUCUCACCCAGAAGGACUAUUGGAAAGCGCCAAAACGAUCUUAUAUGGAGAUUGGAAAAGGAAACUUUGUAGUCUUGUCUAGCCCGAUAAUUGAGGAAUCAUAUCUUCACUACAAGCAGCUGUUUCUAGCGGCUCUUCGUCAUUUUACGGAGCUUUCUACAGAAAGCGCUUUGCAAGACACAAGGGAAGAAAAAAUGUCAGCCAGAGAGCUUGAGCAGACGAAAACAUACUUAAAUAGACUAGCGUUAUGCUUUGGAUUUGACAAUCCCAAAAUCCGAAAGAUUAGGGAUAAUCCCAGCGGCGAAAAAAGGGGGCCGGAGUUCAGUCUCCGAAAAGCUACAUCUGCCGAGUGGCGUAGUGGCAUACCUUUCACGAGGACUUACCUGGAACUAGAGUCAACGGGCUUUUUACACCGAAUCAAAGAUUGGCCGCAGGGUAUGGCUGCGACCCCCUUGCUCGUCUUCAGUGAUAUUAUAAACGGAUUUUUUCGCACGACUCCGUUCGAGAGAGAUUUAUCGCUCCCAGGAAUGGCCUUUGAGGGUCCUACAGGGGGGGUCAUCCGUGACCAUAUUCACUCUAAUCGGCAGUCCGGUACAAGAUACGUGGCCCCGAAUCGUCUCCCUAUAUCAGUGAUUAUGCCAGGACAGUCGUCGGUACGGAGUUCUCAAGUGGCAGAAAACUCGACCAACGGACAGAUUCAACGGCAAGGUGGCCAGGCAAUCACGCAAAACAGCGCAGCGUUGGAACCUAUCGCAAGUCCUGCGCCAUCGUUCGAAUCGCUUCCUGAUGUGGAAGAGGGGUUUACAAUAAACGCCCUGACACUGCCCAGCCCAGCAGGGCUGAUUAUGGCGGGGACAGAAAGCUAUGGCGCGGGCACGGAACUAGUCCCAGCUGGCAGUCUGCCACCUGCCCGAAUAUCUUUGGAUCCUGAACCUGUUGGAAGCCCAUUCAGUAAUGCCCUCCGCCAGGGGAAUCCAUUUGGCGCAGACCCUGCUCAAGCUAGUCCUAUGGGAUUGGUACCGAUAAUAUCAUACCCCAUGACACUUGCUCCCUUGCCAAUACUGGGUAAUAUGCAAGUUUCAAACCAACACAGGCUAGUGGGCUGGGAGCCGAGCAAAGCGAGGAUACAGCAAUGCAAGACAGACCAGAAGCAGAGCAAAGCGAGGAUGCGGCAAUGA